AGAGGAAAAAAAUAGAAAACAAUUGCAGUUUUCUCCUUCUUUCGACCAUUUUUCUUACGAAUCAGUCCUCAUGGAAACUAAGACUUUGCUGUUAUAUAUAGCAUGUGAUUGCAAGUAAAUAAGGUGGAAGGUUUGGUUUACUUUUGCAUUCGGGGUUGAGUAAGGUGGUUCUGUUGUGUGAAGGGGAUAUGUCUAAACUGUGGGGAUUACUCUUGGACCCUUAAAAAUGUGUUUAUGCACAAAGUCUUUUAAAAAAUUCCGUUAUAAUGUACAGAAAGCUGGCGAUGGAAUUUGGGAGCUGACAGGUUUUAAAUUGGAAAAAUAGAUAUUUACUAGAGGCAGCACUAACACUUGAGUCAUUAGAUACUGAUGAAUGAGAUUUAGAUUCCUGGGUACACUUAAUAAGGCUUUUUUGUGUCCAAAAUCCAAAAGUAAUGCCAUAGCCAAGCAACAGAAGUGGGUUCUUGUUAUUAUGCUUUUCUACAUUGUUUCAAAAUUGAAACUCUAGCUUCUUCAAUUCUCUUUCUAACACGAGAGAGAAAAAGUUUUUUUUGGCCCUACUGAACUCAACAUAAUAUGUUUUCACUUAAUGGUACCAUCAAAUUGAAGUGUCAUGUCAUCUAUGGUUUUUAACCACUAGUAGCAUGUCAUUUUUGCUUAUCAUCUCCAAUUCAUAGGUGUUGUUUUGAUUAUGAAGCAGUGUUUUAAAACUCAGAAUCAGGUUUUGGAUUGCCCACCCCCCAUUGUAUCGAUUGGGAAUGGUUGAAAACUUGAAAAAAAUAAUAAUAAAACGUAAUAUCAGGCGAUUCGUCCCGGGGGUUACGGGCAUCGCCAAACCACCUGAUCGGAUGUUCCUAAUCUAUAUCACCGGGUUUUAAAACCCUAUGUUAAAUGAAUUGGUAUUUUUUUUAAACAGUGGAGAUAUUUGUUGUGGAAACCUCUUGCUUGGGAUUUAUUCAUUCUUACAAAAGUAGCAGUCACUUGUUGGCAAUUCCCAAGUGAUAUCUAUGCGAGAACCAUCUAUUGGCCCAUGUCAACUCCUGCUCCUGUGUCCUUAUGUAUUUCUAGUAAUAAAGUUUGAGAUCUUCAACUUACUUCAUGAAAUUAAGCCUGAUAUCCUUUUAAGCCAUUGAUUACAUAAACUUUAAUUUAAAGCGGACUAAAUUGUUUGCUAAAAUAGAAGAGUUCUUCUAUUUCUUCUGCGGUUUUGGUAGAAUAUUUGAAUUGGAACAUUUCACAAUACUCAAUACUGGCUAGGUGGCAUGUGCAUACAAAAUAAAAUUUUGACUAGUGUCGGUACUCAUUAGCUUUCUACAAUUACAAAAUGCUCUACACAUAUACUUUUCGCUGUUGCUUUUGUUUCUCCUCUGUAUCUCUACCACAGUUUGUUAAAGGGAAAAUGUUUAUGUUGGAAAUAGAAUGCAAUUAUACAUCAUGCCAACUUUGUCCAUGAUGUUCGUACAUGUCAGUCUACUGAAGCUAUCUAUCUCUCUAUGCUAGGUUUCAAUCUAUUUUGUUGCCUUGCUUCUUAAGAUAAAUCAAUGUCAAUGCGAUUGAUCUGUUAAUUUUUUUUUGUAACAUGAUAGAAAUGCUACAUGUAAAGCUUAGUCUUUAUUGUUGUGGCAUAAGAUGAAGUUUAAGAUGGUCUUGGUGUAGGUGCAUGUAAGUUAUAAAACUUUGUAAAUAACUAUAUAGAACUACAUUCUGCACUUGCAUGGGUUGUUACGCAAAUAAAUAAAUUGUUCAUGAAUGAUCACUAUAAUUUACCGUUUACGACAAAAACAUCUACUACUACUCAAUAUACCAGUAUGAAAACAACAGGAAGUCAUUUACAGUUAUUCAAUAUCCAAUUGCUGCUAGCAAAAGUUGUUACUUUUAUAAUACAAAUUCAGGAACUUACUCUACCAAUGUCAACCCAUUAAAUUUGGAAAUCUACAUUGCAUCCAGCUUAAUACACUAGACUUUCAUUGAAACAAAUAUAAUUAUCAAAAAAUGAAAGAAAAAUAAUUGUCAAAAAAUAUUUGAUACUAAGACGAGAAACGACACCGUGUUAUGCUGAAAGAUUUCUUCCGCCAGAUAUUAAUAUACCUUUCAUGCACUUUUUAGAAAAUGAUAGGAUCUUUACAUGACUAACAAAGCAUGAUAAUCAGUUAACCUGAAAUGCACCAGAGUAGGGUCACAAAGGAUCCUAUUUUUACAUGGAUUUGCAGUUUAUUAAUUUCAUAUUUUAAAUCAAAUGCUGGGAAUUUGCUUUAAUUGAAUGUAGAGAAACAACAUUACACAAUUGAGAGAACAUGGUUCCCCUACAUGCCUUUAAUAAAUUGCUCACACACUAUUUCUCCUUGACAGAAUAUGGAAGAAAGCAUAUGUCCUCUUGAUUCUGUCGUUUUCUUUCCAGAAUGUAUGCCGCUCAUGGUGAGACAGGCUCGGUUUUAUUCAUUUUCAGGUUUUAUAGCGGCAGAAUAUAUCAUGAAUCUAUUUAUUUAACACAUUUCCCACAAAUCUUCUCACUAUGAUUGUGGACAACGAAGAGACAUGUUCUGCAGAUGACGUAGGCAAUAGGCCUCUAGGUCGUUGUUCAGCAUUCUACUAUGGAGUUGGUCACAUGCUCAAUGACAUCACAUCUUCUUGUUGGUUUACAUAUAUUUUGUUGUUUUUGACAGAGAUUGGUCUGUCUCCAAGGGAUGCAGCAACUGUGAUGCUGUCAGGCCAAGUUGCUGAUGGAGUUACAACAAUCUUUGUGGGGGAACUGAUUGACAGGUUUGGACGUUUCAAAUUAUGGCAUGCUGGUGGCUCAAUUUUGGUAGCCAUAUCUUUUUCUUCUGUAUUUGGUGACUGUCUUUCUUGCGAGGUAUUGGGGAUUGAUUCUCCAACAUUACGUACUAUUGGCUACAGCAUAUUUGCUGCUAUCUUCAAUGUGGGUUGGGCUGCUACUCAAGUUUCACACAUGUCGAUGGUUAACUGCAUCACAUUGAACUCAACAAGCAGAGUUGCACUCACAAGUUGCCGUAAUGCAUUUACAAUGGUAGCGAACCUGAGCCUCUACACCAUUGCUUUUGUUGUAUUCAAAGUAAUCAAUGGUACAACAUCUGAUGGUAUUGAGAAACAGUACCGCUGGAUUGCAUACUUCUCUAUUUUUGUUGGCAGUUGUUUCGUAUGCCUGUUUCUUUUUGGGACCAAAGAACCAAGGUUGAAGCAGCAUAGUCCAAGAAGGUCUCACCAACGAGUAUUAUGGAAUUAUUGGUUCCAGAAAAUAUUGUAUUAUCAAGUUGCGCUUGUUUAUGUGCUCACUCGUCUAGCAACAAAUGUUUCCCAGGCACUUCUAGCAUUUUAUGUUAUAGAUGACCUGCACAUGACUCAAUCUUCAAAGGCUUCGAUCCCUGCUAUUAUCUAUAUUUGCAGUUUCAUGGCAUCUGUCACUUUGCAGGAGUUUGAAUGGACUGGACGCCGUCUGAAAUCAAUUUUUACUGCUGGAGCUAUUCUUUGGAUAUUUUCUGGUGCUGGAAUCCUCAUUCUUCCCAGCAAGAUGUGUAACUUUCUGUAUAUUAUAGCAAUCUUCAUAGGAGUUUCCAAUGCUUUUAUGACGGUGACUGCAGUUGGCAUGGAAAGUUUUCUAGUUGGGAGAGACCUCAAUGGAUGUGCUUUUGUCUAUGGUUCAUUGAGUUUCUUGGACAAAAUCUCAUGUGGAAUUGCUUUAUAUACUUUGGAACUUUAUCAUGGUUCUGAUCGAGGUUUCAAGAGCUGCUAUGUCUUUGGACAUUGUCUAUCAAUCAGCAGAUAUGGACUGGGUUUGGUUCCUUCACUAUGUGCCCUUCUGGGAGUACUGGUUACAUACACUAUGAAACUUGACCCUGCUAAUUCAAAACAAUUACUCGAGCCAUUGCUUGGGUAGAAAGAUAUUAUUACAAGCUAAAACCAAACACUAAGCAGGCAAAAGAAACUCUUGUAACCUUCCAAAAUUCUUCUUUGUUACUUGUAAAUUCUUCACAAUAUAUACAUUUUAGUUGGUAGGAGAUUCAUUUGCUUUACCUGCUUCUUUCACUC